AUGCCUCUCGACUUCAUCGGGACGAUCGACUCGGACGACGAGGGACCGAUUCUCGAGGUUGAGUCGUCCAAGAAGGGCGGAUCGGCCCAGAACCAGGGCGGACCCAGUGACGAGCUCAACACUGACUUUGUUUUCGACCUCGGCGGUGCUGGACCCGGUACUCUCGACCUCUGGGGAAACGGCACGGAUACGGUGAAGGGCGGAAAUGAGGCGAUUAGCGUUGACGACAUCAUCGCACGAAGGACUGGAAAGCCCCUCGCCCCGUUCCGGGAACGCAAGCGGAGACGGGCGGAGGAGGCCGAGGGCAGCGAUGAGGACGAUGAGGACGAUGAGGACGAUGAGGACGAGGGGGACGAGGAGAGCGAUGAGGACGAGGAGGAAAAUGGAGAGAGCGGAGAGGAGGAGGACGAGGAGAUGGACGUCUCUGGCGACAUCGAUAUCGGUUCCGAGGGUGACGAGGAGGACGACGAGGAGGACGAGGAAGACGAUGAUGAGGCGAUGGACGAGGAUGUCGACUCCGACUCUGACGCCGAGUCCGUGGAGGACGAGGCUGAGAUUGCGCGCAAGAACGCCUUCUUCAGCGCCGACCCGACAGCCGACAAGGAGAAGUCUGAUCUCCCUACCACUUUCGCCUCGAUGAACCUCUCCCGCCCUCUCCUCCGCGCUCUCAGCAGCCUCGGUUUCAACGCCCCUACGCCGAUUCAGUCCCGCGCCGUCCCGCUCGCUCUUCUUGGCCGUGACAUUCUCGGAUCCGCCGUGACGGGUUCGGGUAAGACUGCGGCGUUCAUGAUCCCGAUUCUCGAGCGUCUGCAGUACCGCGACCGAGGGAAGGGAGGUGCCGCGUGCCGUGUGCUCGUGCUGUGUCCGACGCGUGAGCUGGCUGUGCAGUGCGAGCAGGUCGGCAAGGCGCUCGCCGAGCGUGGAGGCCUCGAUGUUCGAUUCGCUCUUCUCGUCGGUGGUCUCUCCCUGAACGCGCAGGCGCACGCCCUCCGCACGCUUCCCGACAUUCUCAUUGCGACCCCGGGUCGUCUCAUCGACCACCUGACGAACACGCCCUCGUUUACCCUCGGCGCGCUCGACAUUCUCGUCAUUGACGAGGCGGACCGAAUGCUCGAGGCUGGAUUCACGGACGAGCUGGAGGAGAUUGUGCGCCAGUGCCCGCGCGGAAGACAGACAAUGCUGUUCUCCGCCACGAUGACGGACAGUGUCGACGAGCUCGUCAAGCUCUCGCUCGACCGCCCCGUGCGCGUGUUCGUCGACAAGGAGCGCAACACGGCGGCUGGCCUGACGCAGGAGUUUGUCCGUGUGCGUUCCGAGGAGACGCGCUCUCCGGCGCUUCUCACGCUUUGCAAGCGUACUGUUCACGAGAAGGCGAUCAUCUUCUUCCGCUCCAAGGCGCUCGCGCACCAGAUGCGUGUCGUGUUUGGUCUCUGCGGCCUCGUCGCCGCCGAGCUGCACGGUAACCUGACGCAGGAGCAGCGUCUCGUCGCCCUCAACGACUUCAAGGCCGGCCGCGUUGACUACCUCCUCGCCACCGACCUCGCCUCGCGUGGUCUCGACAUCAAGGGUGUCGAGACCGUUAUCAACUACGACAUGCCGGGCCAGCUGGCGCAGUACGUGCACCGUGUCGGACGAACGGCGCGUGCCGGACGCAAGGGACGGUCGAUCUCGCUAGUCGGCGAGCCGGACCGCAAGAUGCUCAAGGCCGUCAUGAAGCGCAGCGACAAGGACCAGAUCCGCCACCGCAUCAUCCCGCCCGAGGCGGUGCAGGCAAUGUCUGCCAAGCUCGAUGAGCUGAAGGAGGAGAUCUCCGCCGUUCUCGCCGAGGAGCGCGAGGAGAAGCUCCUCCGGCAGGCGGACAUGGAGCUGCGCAAGGGCCAGAACAUGGUCGAGCACGAGGCCGAGAUCUACUCUCGCCCGGCGCGCACAUGGUUCCAGAGCGAGAAGGAGAAGGCGGCCGCGAAAGAGGCGGGCAAGUCUGCGCACCAGGGCGCGACGGAGCAGCUGCUGUCGCGCCGCGAGCGCAAGGCGCUCGAGCAGCAGCAGCAGCAGGCCGAGAAGAAGAAGGAGAAGCACGGCAAGUAUGACGGCCUCUCUCGUCGCGAGAAGCGCAAAAAGAUGGCCCGCGAGGAGGACGAGGCAGACCGCGCCGCGAGCAAGGCCACCGCCAUGGCGAUUCGUAAUGCGAAGAAGGCCUCUAGGCCCCAGAAGAUUACGGAGAACCAGCCCAAGCUCCAGCCCAAGAAGAAGGGCAAGAGCAAGAAGGCCGCGCCCGCCGCCGAUGGAGGCAAGAAGACGGCCCCGAGCGCCAAAAAGUCCAAGUCGGCGUUCGACCACGAGGGUAUGCGCGCCAAGAAGGUCCGCGUCAACCUCGACAAGAAGGGCAAGAAGGGGCCCAAGAAGGGCAAGAAGUAG